AUGAAUCCGUACGUCGAAGUGACCCUGAGCUGGCUCCUCAAAAACUCCCGCGCCCACGACGCCAAGUCGUUCUAUACGUCCCCCGCCUUCGCAUCCCAUUCGGAGCAGACCAUCACCGUCACCUCCCCAGACUGCGGUGCGUCUCCGGCUACCUUGGGCCCGGAGUAUAUCACAGAAGGAGGCGGCCGUAUUCCCGCCCUCUCGUGGUCCGCGCCGCUGGACCUCGAGUCAAAGGUCAAGGAAUGGCUCAUCGUGGUCGAAGAUCCUGACGCGCCCCUGCCGACGCCCAUCUGCCACGGUGUAUACGGUGGCAUCGCUCCUGAGAAGAAACAGGUGAACCCGAAAGACUUUGAGAUUGAGGAUGAGAGCAAAUCUCUGCUAAAGGGAGGGUUUCACUGGGGCAAGGGACGGAGGGAGGGCGUAUAUGUCCCCCCGCGGCCUCUUAUGAACCACGGUACCCACAGAUGUGAGUCUUGA